AAAUGUCAUUUCAUUCAGUAGACCAGUGGCUGUCAUCGUGAAUGGUAUAGGGCAAAGUGUCAUCCAGCCACAGUAAAAACAAAAUCAGAAAAAACAUGGAGGCCUUUGGAUACUGGAAAUGCGUCGUUUCCCUCAUGGUGAUCGCAAUAGUCCAAACUGGUGAGGGCAUAUUGCGGUGCAGUCUUACGUGUCCGAACCAGCAGUUUUUUUGCACCGCGGGGUCAGACGAGCAGUUUACUUUAGAAGGUCAUUCUGCACACGGUCAGAGAAUCAAGCUGGAGCCCUUGCUUAUGGGAAUUCCCGCCUCCCUCGUUGAACUGGCGGUGACAGGAUGCGAGAUUGUGGACGUGGUGCCGAAAGCCUUCGAUGCCUUACCCUUCAUCAAGCACCUAGAUUUCAGCAACAUCCAAGAACUGACAUUCGAAGAAGACAGCCUCGUGUUCACCGGUGACCUGGCCCUAGACAUUGAUCAGGUCAGCAGUCUCCAGCUGCGUCGCCACGCCAUCACUUUCAACGCCAGUCGCCCAGUGGCCGAACAGCACCUGCAGGUAACCAACACCCAUCUCUCGGCCUUCCACCCAAAGGCUAUCGUCGCGGCCCAAACCACCAAGUACCUCACGACCUUCGGCGAAAAUAACACGCUCGAGGAAGUCAAUGACCUCUCCAAUUUCUGCGAUGUAAGCUACAUUUUCAGAGAUAUUUUCUUCAAAGAUGAUGCACUCAUAGCUUGUUCGUCGGCUCGCGCCUUAGGGAGCGUCUUGGUCGUCGCUGUGGCCUUUCUCUGGAGGAAGGUUAUGGAAAUGAGUGUAUGAGCAUGAGAUAUAACUCUUCUAGAGAUCAUAGAUGUGUGGAAAGGCAUGUAUACAUUAUAUAUAUAUAUAUAU